CCGACAUUCUUCGAUGUCAUGGUCCAUUUAAUGGUCCAUAUCGUCGACGAGAUAUUGUGCCUAGGGCCAUCUUUUUUGCACAACAUGUAUGGGCCCGAACGAUACAACGGGGUUUUGAAGCGCUAUGUUCGUAACCGAGGGCGUCCUGAAGGUAGCAUCCUCCAAGGCUACCUGGUACAAGAGUGCGUCGAGUUCUGCACAGAUUGGCUAGCGGAUCAGAAAGCAAUAGGCGUGCCGGAAUCAAGGCACAAGGGCAAGCUAGCUGGCCAAGGACUUUUUGGGCAGAAGUAUAUCGAAGUACAUUCAAAGAGGAGAGCAGCUGACUUUAACAGAGCACAUUUGGUGGUGCUUCAACACAUUGAUGCGGUCCGGCCUUACCAGGAAAUGCACAUGCAAGAGCUUCAAAACAACAACCCUACCAGAGGACAAAUUUGGAUCCAUAGACAGCACAAUAAACAUUUCGCUGAGUGGCUAAAGGAGUAUUGGUAUGAGAGGGAGCCGGUAGAUGAAAACGAAAAGACGGUGCUAAGGUUGUCGCGGGAACCAGCUUAUCACGUCGCCACAUGGCAAGCCUACGCUAUUAACGGGUACACGUACUACACAAAAUCUCAGGAUUGUGAAAGUCAAUAUCAAAAUAGCAGUGUAGUAUUGGUUUCCGAAACUGCAACUGAUAGCCAAGCCAAGACUAAAGCAUUCUAUGGAGUGAUUGAGGAGAUCUGGGACCUGGACUACUCCAUCACCAGGAUCCCACUUUUUCGUGUGAGAUGGGCUACGAACGUGAAACCUGAUGGCCAUAGAUUCACAACCAUGAUGCUACCACCUGAGAUCCCUCGUGACCAAGUUAACGUCGAAGCAAUCCCAGCAACCCAAGAACCAUGGGUAUUUGCGAACCAAUGCAAGCAAGUAUUUUUCAUAGAAGAUCCGUCAAAUAAAAGCCGUGUAGUCGUAAGGAGAGGGAAGAGAAGCAUCGUGGGAGUCGACGGAGUUACUUCGCAAGAAGACUAUGACGGUUUCCAUGAUCCUACGACGGCCGCAGAUGACGAAGAGGCGGAACGCACGAUCGAGACGAGGAAACGGGCGAGGAAAAGUACCGGUAACGAGAAAGCAACUACACGAGCAUACGUCAAGAAAACACACCGUGAGAAACUGACGUACCGAACGAGGGUGAAGAAGAGUAGGAAAGAUGAUUAAAAGUUGUAUUUCUUUAUGUUUUAUGUCCUAUAUGUGUGUAUUUGUCAGAAACCAUGUAUUUCUUUAUGUUUUAUGUCCUAUAUGUGUUAGCAACUCAAUUUGAACCAUAUUCGAAUCUUAAGCUAUUGUUGUAUGUUUGUUAUAUGACCUGUGUCAAAUAUGCAGUAUAUAUGUCAGUUUGUGGUUAGCCUGUGACCUGUGUCAAAUAUGCAUUAUGACCUGUAUUCAAUUAUAAACAACAAGUGAGAGCACUAUCACUGGCGGAUAACACCAGGAGCACGCCACUGAUAGCUGAAUUACAUGCAAAUUUGGUGACCUAUCAGUGGCGGAUCCCUCAAAAACACGCCACUGAUAGCUGAAUUACAGGCAAAUUUGGUAACCUAUCAGUGGCGGAUUUACCAAAAGACCGCCACUGAUAGCUGACCUGCAUGACUUAGGAUUUUGGAAAUAUUUUGGUGACCUAUCAGUGGCGGUUCCUAUUUGUAAUUCCGCCACUGAUAGAUCCCUGGGAUUGUUUUGUUAAAUUCAUAUUUAAUUAUCUGUUCACCCAAAAACUGAAUGGACUGUACUUUUGUGUGAGUUUAGGCAUGUUUCUAUCCCAACCAAAAAAUGAAUCCAAAAUUAAAAAAAACACAUAUUUGUAUGAUUUUGAGGGUUACUUUCAUUAAAAAUUAAUUUAUAAAAUUCAUUUUUGAUCAAAAUAUUCUGAAAAUUGGCAUGGAAACAAUUAUUACAGUAAUAUAACCACACACAAAAAUUGGUGUGAAAAUAUAAAAUGAAGCACAUAAUCCGUCGAACUUUAGCUCUUAUGAGUCAAUAUCCAGUAUACCUUUUAACCUGACAUCCCAAUUUGAACAUAUUUUGUACUUAACUUUGUUAUUAUUUUCCAAUUUUUUUUGUGUAUGUUCAAGUGCACAAAUUGAGCUUGCAUACCAAAUUUGAGCUAUUUCUGAUGUCAAAUGAAUUUUAUAAAUUUAAAUUACUACAAAAUGGCUCAGAAAAUCAUACAAUUAUGUGUUUAUAUUUUGAAUUUGGGAUUUAUCUUUUGGUUGGGAUAGAAACAUGACUAAGCACACUCAAAAGUACAAUUCAAUAAUUUUUUGGACUAAUAGAGAAUAUAUUAGCAAUUUAAGAAGGAAAUGCAGAAUAGCUAUCAGUGGUGUGUAGAGGGAUAACACGCCACUCAUAGCAAAGUCUAUCAGUGGCGUGUUUCCAGUAUACACACCACUGAUAGCACAAGUAUCAGUGGCGGUUUUUCCGCGAUAACCGACACUGAUAGGAUGCAGAUAUAAAUAGCUGGGGACUUGGCCGAAAUCCCCAAUCGUCGCCCGCGCGUCUCAUUUGCGAGACCAGCAGCUGGCGCAUACGAACCCUAAAGCGGCGAAGCCCUGCCGCUGCGCCGCCCUGACCGCCGCCGCAGUCCUCGCCGCCGCCGCCGCCGUCCCCGACCGCCGUCUUCCCCGACCGCCGCCGCCGUCCCCGACCGCACCGCCGUCUUCCCCGACCCUGUUCGUAAGCCCUAAGCCCUAAUUCCUAUUCUUGCUCAAAUUGCUCAAAUUGUUCGUUAUUCUUGCUCAAAUUAUUGUUGCUGUUCAUUAUUCUUGCUGAAAUUCAUGCUAGGUAAUAGAAAUUUGAAGCUCUGUUCUUUGGGUAAUAGAAAUUCAUGCUAGGUAAAUAUAGAUAUUGUGCAAAUCAAUAUAGAUAUGGAGUGUUGCCUCUUCUGUUGAAGCUCUGUUCUUUGGAUGCUACAUUCUCUAUCACUAAGUUGUUCUGAAGGUUGGUUUGUUUAAGAUGGCAGUUGCAAAAACUGCUCAGAUAAUCAGAAUUGUUCUACCUUUUUACUGGUUCAUACAUCAGUAACAUAGUGUCUAAACCUACUUGCCUGGGAAGUGACUGAAAUUGAUAUUUUCACAGCCCCAAACACAAACUUUACCACAUGUAAUUGCAGUUCAUGAGUAAGUACUAAGUGGGCUGCAAACCCUAAAUAGUAACAACAUUUUGGCUGAAUUGUGCAGCCAAAAGCCCUCGAACUACACAUGAUCAGAUGCACAUCUUAAUGAAUUAAAAUCACCCCAAAGUUGUUGGAUCCAAUAACACACACCAGCUUAUCACUUUUACAUUGUUUUAGUCUGCGCGUAAACCCUAACAUUUCCUGCUUUGCAUGAUUUAGCUUGCCGCAUCUAAAUUAUAUGGCAAGUCAUUAGCUAUGGAUUCAUGGAGCAUAUAGCAGCUUGUGUCAUUUCAAAGCUCGAUCAUCAAGUGAUGUCAAAGUUAGCUCUCUAUAAUGUUAGAACUACAGUUUCAACCUCUGUUUAUUUUGAAUGUUUGUGAGUAAUCUGUUUCUGAAACUGCACAAUCUAUCUGCAGCACAGUGUACAUAGAUAGAGCAACCCAAUUGUUAAAUAUACAGCAACCCAAUAGAUAGAGCAACCCAUUCUGCCUGCCACGGUUUCAAUAAAAUUUGUCUUAGUGUAGUAAUUUGUUUGUGUUACUGUAGUAGGUACUCAAAAUGGCUAGGACUAAACAAACCCGUUGAAGACCACCCCCAAUUGUUGAACUCCGGCAAGAAGCACCUCCUCAAGAUGACAGCGAAGAAGCACCUCCGCAAGAUCAUAGCCAGGAACCGGAAGAAGGUCCGAAUGAGACAUAUUCAAGUGGAUAUUCUUCUUCGGGCUCAUCACUUAGUGGUGUCGGCUCUUCAAACCCAAGUGACGAAGAGCAACCCACCGAUGGGGAAGUAGAACCUACUCCCUCGUCUAGUAAGGAAAAGAAGGUUACCAGGCGAGGGAGCCACAUUUUGAAGGACGAUGUCUAUGUCGUCACUAGGAUUUCUGCUAGAGGCCGGCCUUUGAGUCCUGAGAAGGCAGCUGAUACCUUCAGCAACACCCUAGGGGCCAUUGUCCGGCGAAAUUGCCGUAUAGUUCACAAGUGGACCCAGGUUCCUAAGACGACAAAAGAACUUUGCUUCAACGAUGUCUGGGCCAGGUUCAAGGUUAAGCCCGAGCAUGUCAAAGAUGUUCAUAGAGCCGCCAACCAAGUAAUGCGUAGGGGCAUAAGUAACUGGCAAUCCACUGCUAGAAAGCAUUGGCUCGAUGUUCCCAUUGAGAAGGUUAAGGAAAAAUGGCCUUCCAUUACCCCAAAAGAUUGGGCAUCUUUCAAGAAGGAAUCACAAGACCCCGACUUCAUUGCGAGGCAAGAGAAAUAUAUUGAGAUGCGCAAGAAGAAGAAGCACAACCACCAUCUCGGAAGUCGUGGGAAAGAGGGCAAGAAGAAGGUUUGGGACAAGGAGGACGCCCAGUUGGCCAAGCUUGGCAUAGUGCCUCCUUUGAAAGGGAAUCUUAAGCAUCAACGCACCAAAGAUUUCAUGCGAAUGCAUAUGAGAAAGGAACAGUGGGCGGGGAAAGAGGAUUUGCAAGAGGACCUCCAAGAAGUUUGGGACUGAGCUAUUGAUCACGAGCAGAGGAAGGAGAAGGAGAUGUCAGAAGGCUCCAACGACUCGGUCCAUAGCAAGAGGUGGGAGUCGACUCUGACCUAUGGCUUAAACAGGCCCGAGCAUACAGGCCGUAUACUUGGGGAGGGAGAAGGUGCGCCAUGGAAGAAAAUUUUCGGCCAGGAUGAUUCCAAGUGCCGAAAAAGGAAGUGUUGCGACAACGCGAAAGGGCGGAGGAGGCCGGAGCAGUUGGCGCAUCGAAAGCUCUCUCUGUGCUACUCAAUAGCUUACACGAAAGUGGCGUCGACGUUAAUGCGGUGCUGCAAAAGUCCGGUGCGCAAGGCAUUCUGGGACUAUUGCUUCAAGGUCUCCCCACGCGCGGUCGGGGUCUGCAACGUCCACCUAGGAGCGGUAGCGUUGCUUCCGGGUCUGCCACUACCGAUGUUCCAAUACCUAAUCCGGGUCCAAGCAACAACAUCACGGUAAGCAUCUUUGCCUUACCUACUUCACUCCUUUCAUUGCUCAACAGUCUUUCACACAAUGUUACAUUGUUACGCGCAGGAUGGCAUCCC